AGAGAGUUAGAGGAAAGAAGGAGGAAAGUGAGCUCUUCUUCAGCGCGACCCAGCUUUCAACAUCAACUUUGAUUGAUUUCAGUUUAUAAUAUUAUCAUCACGCUAUAAAAAUGGUAUAAAUUGCUAGAAAUUUUGAACAAGCCAACUGCGUUAAGUCUGCGAUAUUUUGCCAAAUUUAACUGCCAUUAUCCGGUCCUGGGGGGAAAUUUAGUUAAUAAUAAUGGAUUCCCUAACUAGUCGACGACGUCGAGAUUCUAACGAUGAAGCGGGUCACUGUACGUCAACGCCUUCAAGCUCUUUGUCAUCAUCUUCUUUGUCCCAGGGGAGAGAAAUUGUUCCCGAGCUUUACAAGUCAGCUGGAAGGAAACGAUUCCGAGCGGAACAGCCCGCUAAUGAUGAGGAACGCGAGAUGAUGAGAAGUCUGCCUUGCGAUACAGAAAGCGCACUCCUCCUCCUCAGAGCCCAGUUUCCUUCCCAAGUCUUUCAAGGACGCCUGCCUCCGAUUAUCAUGUACUCUCAGCUGGGAGCCAUCUUGGACAAUCAAUUUCUCAUUGACACUCAGCUCACAAAGUUGGCCAAAGACAACAAGAUUCUCACUUUUUCUAGCUUUACCUCGUCAAACUAUCUCAUCGUUUUCCUGGAUGACUUUGCUAAUUUGGAACGAGAAGGAAUCUUUAAAAGAUUUGUUACUCAAGCUGUUGCUGCCUCUAUGGAUAAUUCCCGUGGAGAAGGGGACGAGCUUAGAAUUACAAGAUCUGUUGAAAACUCUAAAUACUUUUCCAAAGAAAGUCUACGGAAGAGAUGGAAAUUUGAGGAGGACGAAAUUCGAAAACUGGUCAAUGGAGGAUAUCUAGGGAUAAAAGAUAGCGGCUUGUAUUGUAUUAGUUUACCGGGUGCUGGCGAAUUCGUUAAAUGUUAUGAGAAGGGGAAGAAAAGCGUACUUGGGGCCAUCAGAAGGGCGAAAUUUGGAGAAAUAUUACAAACGGAGCUCGAACAAAGACCAAUGAAGAAAACAGCUCCUCUUGGUGUCCAGUACCACACGUUUGAUUUAAUUGGAUCAGGGGAAAUCGUCAGAAUUGCUACAACAUCUGGGCCUUUAUUGCGGGCCAAAAGAAAAGUUUAAUUCUACACUAAUUGGAGCAGAUAAAAUUGACUAUAAAAAAUCGGCUAACAUUGACAUUUAUACUGUGAUCCCAAUGAUCUGUUGUUGUAAUUCUUACAUACAUAAGAUAUAUAGUUUUUGUUACACUAUUACUUGGAAAUAAAUUUAAAUCUGUUUUAACUUUCA